AUGUCAAACUAUAAACUUUAUUAUUUUGCUGGACGUGGUCGUGCUGAAGUUUCACGACUAAUCUUUGCUGCGGCUGGUCAACAAUAUGAAGAUAUUCGUUAUGAGCACAGCGACUGGCCAGCUCAUAAACAAGAAAUGCCAUUAGGACAGAUGCCCGUGUUGGAAUUUAACAAGACCAAAAUUCCACAAUCCUUAUCGAUAGCACGUUUUCUUGCCAAACAAUUUAAUCUAGCUGGUAAAGAUAAUUUGGAGCAGGCAAAAGUGGACGCUGUUGUCGAUACCAUCGCAGAUUUAAUGAGAAAAUUGUCACCAUUGAUGUUUGAUAAAGAUGAAGCAAGAAAACAACAAGCUAUAAAAACGUUUCAAGAAGAAGAGUUACCAAAACAUUUACAAAAUUUGGAAAAACUAGCGGAACUGUAUGGACAAAAUGGAGCAUUCUUCGUCGGAGGCUCAUUGACAUGGGCUGAUCUACUAUUUUAUGAAAUGAACUCCCAUUUGUUAAAAAUUGAUCCAAAUGUUUUACAAAAAUAUGCACGAUUGACGAAAAAUCGUCAAGAAGUCGAAAAACAGCCAAAGGUGUCAGACUAUUUGAAAUCUCGUCCAGAAACACCGUUUUAA